UUGGGACCGAAGCCCCCUUAAAAAUGGUCUAGAACCGCCCCUGGAUCCAAUUACCAAAGACUGCCAUAUCUAGAAAACGUAGUUCACUUACGAGGCAGUAACUAAUAAGUACAGGCCUAUAAUAACUUUUAAGUCAUUUUAUUUUUUGUCACGCAAUUAUCUCUUGACCAUGAGAACCGGGAUUCGCCUUCAUCUGGCACAUUUUAUUGUGCUCUCUUCCAGAGCUCUAAUUCCGGACACCACUAACCAGGAGUUUUUUUGUCUUCGCACUAAGUCCGAACCUGGACGCACUCAGUGUAGUUUUCUUCGAAGACCAUCAGCAGUAGCGUCUGUCCUUUUUUACUGGACCAUUUGGACAGCAGAGCAUCGUGUUGAAGAGUGUUCUGUAAGCGCUGAGCCAGCUUUGAUUCAAAGCUAUAUGUCAGUAUGCCAUGAACGAGGCAUCUGGGAUCUACAUAAAACCUCGUCUCUGCGCCUUGAUAUAGUAACACUGCUUUUAGAGGCCGGUAGUCCAUGUGAAUUUCGACCAAUUUCCCUUGCCAACUUGAAAUGGCAUAGGUACUUAGACACGGGCUAUCAGAUGGGCUCUGCGACCCGAAUGCGGCAGAAGCGCGCUUGGAUCUUACCCGGGACGCUGUGGUGCGGCCGCGGAAGCCGCGCCGGUGACUACGAGCAGCUAGGUAUGUUUGAGCGUGUAGACAGAUGCUGCCGAGAGCACGAUCACUGCGACCACAUAAUUCGCCCCUUCACUGUGAACUUCGGCGUGUUUAACCCGACGCUCUUCACCAUUUCACACUGCGACUGUGACCACAGGUUUAAGCAGUGCCUUCUAAAAAUUAAUGACACAGUCUCAAAUAUGGUGGGCUAUACAUUCUACAAUAUCCUUAAGGUCCAAUGCUUUGAGCUUAUCCAGAAGAGAAGGUGCACCAAAAUCAACUGGAUUGGAAUGUGCACAUCAGAUAAGGUUGCCCCUUAUGCAAUCCUCAAACAUACAACAAUAUAUAAUGCCACAACGUCAAAUGCUGGUAUUCCUGAACCACCAGUUUGUGAAGGAAAUCCUUCAGCUUCCACCAAACAAAAAAACAUGAAACUUAAAGAAAGAAAGCAAUUAACAUCUCGAAAGAAUUAUGUUCCAGGAUAUUCUGCAGCAGAGAAAACAUUUCUGUUGAGUGAAAUUAUCGGGCAGCCUAAUGGCAGACCAAAGACAAUUUCACCAACGUCUACCACAGAACAGCCAAAUUACAUGAUGAGGUGUAACACAACAUUGUUUCAUCAGAAAUCUGAUCUCAUUACAAAUCAAAGCACUCCAUUCCCAGAAGCAGCUAGUACUUCUCAUGUGCACACAACAACAUCUAUAGCAUCUUCAAAACGAAUGGUUACUCCAUCAAAGAAAAUUACACCAAACAAAAGCAAAAACAUUACUCAAUGGCCCAUUACUGGAGUACAAAGCAAGCUCACCAAAAUAUACAAACCUCUGAAAUCCAAGCUGAACAGUGACCCACCCAGAGGUGAUCGUUUCCAACCAAAACAACAGAGGGGAAAGAGUGGAAAGCAGGACAAUUCAUCUUUACACAGCACUCUAUCUCCAAUCUUCAUAACAUUAUCUCUGGCUAGCAAAUUUCCAAGGACUAACAAAUUAUUUGAAAGCAUGCCACAAACAAAUUCUCCAAAUUCUCCAAGUAAAAAAAAGACAUCCAAUGCAGUAUCAAGCAGAAGUCACCCACAAAACUCAAGCACAUUAGAAAUGAAACACAAAUCAACUGAAGUCACAAAACAAGCUAAGACUUGGAAUAACACCAACUCUGCAUAUAAAACCUUUAAACCAACAGCAAUAUGUGAAGUAACCAGACAUUUGGAUGACUGCAAAUACAAAAUACGUCCCAUGGAGAAGUUAUAUGGACAUCAUAAUACAGAGACAACUACAAUCUACCAUUGCGAUUGCAUACACAGGUUGACUGAUCACUUAAAGCAACUGGAGAGCAUUGUUUUACUGGAGAAACUUCUAUGGAAAUUUGUGUCCACGUCAUGCAUUGAAAUACCAAAUACCAAGGAAUGCAGCAAUAAUACAAGAUGUUCUGCCAUCCUUUGCAAGGCCACAGCAUUAGAGUCGUCACUGAUCAAACUGGAAGGUCAGGCUACAAUAAAAAAUAGAAAAAUUUCUACAAGUGAAAGAGUCCCCAAUCAACUAUAUAAACGUUGUCUUAGGAUUUUACGUCCUAGAAGCCAGAAACAUGUAAAGCAUAGUGCUUGACUAGUGCUGACUGGAAAAUAAUGAGUGGAAAUAUUUUCAUGCUUAAAUUUCUUUUUAAAAUUCAUAUUAUAUUCAAUUUCUUUUUAUAUUCAACAGAUAUAUUGCAUUUGCAUUUAGAUUCAUCAGAGGAACCCAUGCUUAAUAGCCUGGGUUGAAUAUAAUAUUAAUUUAAAAAGAAAUUUACACAUAAGAAUACAGAAUACUAAGAAUACUGUAAAAAUGCUGUAAGUUAUUUGCCUCUUUCCUAAAAGAAAAUUUAUUGGCUGAUGCUUGGCUAUGCUUAGUUAACUGAGCAAAUAUAAUUUUUUGUUUUUUGUUUUGUUUUAAUCACAUACAGUGCCCUCUACUAAUAUUUGCACACUUGGUAAAUAUGAGCAAAGAAGGCUGUGAAAAAUUGUCUUUAUUGCUUAACCUUUUGAUCUUUUGUCAAAAUAAAAUUCACAAAUACUCUGCUCUCAUGGAGAUCAAACAAUUGGUUUAUAAAAAAAUAUCUUUGUUAAAUAUAGGUGUGCAACAAUUAUUGGCACACCUAUGAAUUCAUAUGAGAAAAAUAUAUUUGAAGUAUAUUCCCAUUGAUAUUUUA